ACCUCCCAGUGAGCGCUCCCAGCUGUCCCCCAGUACCACCUCCCAGUGAGCGCUCCCAGCUGUCCCCCAGUACCACAUGCUGUCUGGCUGCUACUGAGGGUUUAACAAUAGCUCAGUCCUACUGCCCCAGAGACCACAGCCGAGCAAAGUAGAGCACAGAUAAGCAGAGAGAGACCAUGUUGGGAUAGGAUCUAGUCUCUUACAAGAUUACUCUGAGACCCAGAGUAGAGCAGAACAGACUAGAACAGAGAAGAGCAGAGUAGAACAGAGUAGAGCAGAACAGACUAGAGAAGAGUAGAAAAGAGAAGAGCAGAGUAGAACAGAACGGACUAGAGAAGAGUAGUACAGAGUAGAACAGAGUAGAGCAGAACAGACUAGAGAAGAGUAGUACAGAGUAGAACAGAGUAGAGCAGAACAGACUAGAGAAGAGUAGAAAAGAGAAGAGCAGAGUAGAACAGGGAAGAGAACAGAGCAGGUUAGAGGACUCUGAAAGUUUAGCCAACUGUCGUUUGGUUGACAACUCAACCCAGGUCAUAAAGAUAUAAACACUCAGAGAAAAUAUAAACCGUCAUCUUAUUUAACAGAUGUUUUAUUUGAAGGUACACACUCUUCUCGUUGGGAUUCUGGUUGUUUUAGCAGGUUCAGCCAGGUGUUCAGAAGAUGAGACGCGUCUGGUUAAAACCUUGUUCACCGGCUAUAACAAGGUGGUCCGCCCUGUCAAUCACUUCAGAGAUCCGGUGGUGGUGACUGUAGGCUUGCAGCUCAUCCAGCUCAUUAGUGUGGAUGAAGUCAAUCAAAUUGUGACCAGUAAUGUGCGGCUGAAACAGAUAUGGGAGGACGUGAAUCUGAAGUGGAACCCUGAUGAUUAUAGUGGAAUUAAGAAGAUCAGAAUCCCUUCCACAGACAUCUGGCGUCCUGACCUUGUGCUCUAUAACAA